AUGGAAUUCCUGCGUGACCAAUGGGAACUUCAAAAAAAAUCUGCGCAGACGAAACCACUUCGGAGACAGGUAAAGGACGCAGGUGCAAGAACCAUCGACGCGAUUCUUGUCUUACAGGAUCAGCUGAAGGUCCUCGACAUGAACAUCACGAAACUCGAAAAGGCAGUCACGAAGGGUCAAGGUGAUACCGAUACAAUGUUCCGGAUAGCUGAGCUGCUGGAGGAGCGCCGCCGUGCCAUGAUGAAGAAGCGCCGAAUGGAGGACAGCCUAGACCUUCGCAGGAGGCAGGAUCUCCAAGCGCUGCGCGCGAGUCGCUACCUGACGGCACGCCUUAACGCAUUGGCCCUGAAGAGCCAUAUCCGGGAUCGCUUGCAUCAGCGCAAGUUCGAAUUUGCGGGUAUAGAACGGAGGUUCCGCACGGAGUCUUCCGACCGAAAGUUGGCAGCACACGCUACGAACGCGGUCCAUCGACGGGAACCCGGAAUCCAGACACUCGCCCGCAGGUAUAAUUUGCUAUGCGGUGAAAUGGCCGAUCUGGUCAAGAAGCGCGAAGCUCCACCUCGGACCGAGCCUCCAAGACCGAUCAACAUGGAAAAUCUAUGGGGUCUUGACGUGGACGAUGACAUCUGGCUAGAUGUUGGGCUGCUGGAUGAAGAUGGUGUUGACAACCAUCCGUCCGAGGAAUUCAACAGAAUUUCGGUCGAACGUAAGAACAUGCAGAUUUGGUUGCGCGAGGAGUGGGAGGCAGUCGAGCACGCCGUCAAUAUGGCCGACCUGUCUGAGGGCUUAUAUCAUCACAUCUUCCUCUAUCGCAAGGAGCUACUGAGCUUAGCCAUAACCUGGAAAAAGACCGUGACUGCUAUUCCCACCGACGGAGAUACGCCACCCGACAAGUGGGGGCCAAGCGAAAGCGAAAUGCGGGAAGAAAUGGCGUGA